AUGUCCAGAGUGGUGAAUGCAUGUGAUUACAAGACGUUAUGCCCUCAGUCCCAUGGGAUUGUCUUCAAUGCCAGAGUCCAGUCCAACUCAUCAGGCAGAUUGUCCACCCGGAGCAGCACCAGCAGCAAGAGCAGCACUGAAAGCUCUACCAAAUCCGACUCAACUGCUUCGGUCGGCUCCGUCCCUGAUUCCACGCUGUCGUCUGAUGUCAUUGAGCAGAUUUUGCUUCAGAAGAUAAUUGCAAAAGAGGAUGAAAUCAAGAAAGCAUUCCAGAUCAUCGACAUCGAUCAGACCCUGAAGAUCACUAAGGGCGAAUUUAGAAGAGUGAUUGAAACAUUUAUUUUGCCUCUGACAGAUGAGCAGUUUAAUGUGGUGCUGGCAAAGGUUCCAGGAAUUAGCAAAGUUACCGUUCCAUAUCUUGAGUUCUUGUCAACGUUCUCGAGGCCCAUCAGUACCCUGAGCACAAAGUGGAAUAAUAUCGGAGAAAGCCGAACCAGGACUCUCAGCCAGAUGGAGUGUCUCUUACGAGAGAAGAUUUCUAAAAAGAUCAAGCACUUUAUCAAGACCUGCAGACUUUUUGACUAUAAUCAAAAUGGACAGAUCCAGCGGCAUGAGCUGAGGAGGAUUCUGGAAGUCAACUGCUUCAAGAUGACGGAUUGUGAGUAUGAUAAAUUAUGGAAUCGAUACUGUAUUUCGAGAACAAAUACCCUGAAUUAUAAAGAGUUUUUGCAAUAUCUCGGCAUAAGUUUGGAAAAAAAAAAGAGAAAGAUGACACAAAAGAUUACCGAUUCAGUUCUCUCGCAGAAUGAACCCCCAGAAAAGAAGAAUAGUGAAUCAAAGAUAUCUUUACCUACCACAACUGGAUACAAUUUGACAAAAAUCCAUCUGGAUGCCACUGCAAAGAGUUUUAGGGAAAAGUUGCGUUCAGCCUAUGAGGAUAUUGUAAAGGCCUUCAGAGCAUAUGAUGUUGGCCGGAGUGGAUUUGUUUCCUUGGAAUAUUUAAAAUCAGUUCUUAGCACAUUUAUAUUUCCAAUACGGCAAGAUGUCUUCCAAGAAUUAAUGAAUAGAUUUGGAAUAAAAAUAUCCAAAAAUAUGGCUUGGGAGAAGUUUUUAGGUAAAUUUCAAGAUCCCUUGCUGUUUGACAGCAGCCAAACAUCUUCUAAAAGAAAACAUCACAGAAGCAGAAAAUUGGAUGAAGCCUUGUCAACUGAUCGAAUUCUGUUAAAGCUGCAUGGACAUAUCCAAGAUGCUUAUUCUUCUCUGAAGAAGGCCUUCCUGAUGCUUGACAGAAACCAAGAUGGGAAAAUCACGAGGAACGAGCUUCGCCGCAUUUUAGAUUGUAUCAUGUUCCGAAUAAGUGACGAUGACUUCCAAGAACUAAUCAAGAUCAUUGAUCCAGAACACACUGGACAUCUCAGCUACAAUAAGUUUUUAAACCUCUUUGAAAAAGAUUCCAUAACAGAUUCAAAGUGGGCUAGUGGUUCAAAGAAGGCUAAAAAGCCGACUUCCGUCCUUGAAGCGUGGAAUAUUGCCGAAGAUGUUCUAACUGAGCAAGUGAAGGGAUAUUGGAAUGAAUUUAGCAAAGCUUUGCAGGCAUGUGAUCCUCGAAGUGAUGGCAUUAUUAGCAGAAAUAAUUUCCGAAAAGUUCUUCAGCUCUAUUGCCCCUCAUUAACUGAUGACCAUUUUAUUGCGCUGUACCAGAAAUACCAGGAUGGUACCACAGAAGGGGUCCUCUACAAGAUGCUCUUGCACAGCUUAGGGGUGGCCGAUUUGCCGAAGGAAUUAACCGCUCUCACCAGCGCCCCUUCAUCGCGAGAGAAUCAGCAGGGAGAAGGAAAGAAGCCCGCGGACCCUCCAGACAGAAUAAAGCAGAUUGAAGACCACGCCUACAAACUUCCCAGGAAUAGAACUGUUGACGAAGUCCUUGAAAGGCUGAGGGAUGGCAUCCUGCAUCAGGAAACGGGCGUGAGGGACGCCUUCCUUGCCUAUAACAAGCAAGCUAGUGGGAAGCUGAGUAAAACUGAGUUCCGCAAGCUAUUGGAGAAUAUUCAGAUGCCAAUGAGUGAUGAUCAUUUUAAUCUAUUAAUUGAAAAAAUAGGAUUCCCAGUUGGAGGUUUGAGUUAUCUUGAUUUUGUGGCAAUAUUUGAAG